GUCUCUCUCUCCAUCCCCAAGGGAUUUUCAUGAAGGACAAAACUAUUUGUGGCACUUCAAGGUCUAGUUCCCGCACGCCAGCCUCCUAUCAAAGAGCUACAAAGAAUGCACCAGAAAUGAGUGAGCAGGCAGUGACCUAUGUAGACCUGAAAUUUCAAACUCCUUCCAAGCAGCAGAAGAAAAAGAGACAAAAGAACACCAGGGACAAAGAUUCUUCUGCUCCAGCUCCCGCAUGGAGGCUCAUUGCAGGGAUUUUGGGGAUCUUCUGUUUGGCUUUGCUCAUAGCUGUUGGGGUCUUGGCUGCGAAUGUUUUUCAGAUCUCCCGUGUACCAUGUAGACAUCAGGAUAACCUCAGCCAGCACCAGGAAAUUACCCAAGCUGAGAAUGGAAAUCUGCCAAAGGUUUUCAACAGGAAACAUAAAGGGUGGAAGUUUCUUUGCCCAGAAAAUUGGUUUCCCCAUGGAGAGAAAUGUUACCACUUUUCUACUGAAUCCAAACCUUGGCUGGAGAGUCAAAAGGCCUGCUCUUCUCCUGGCACCAGACUCCUCCUUAUAGAAAACAAAGAAGAGCUGGAUUUUAUAAGCCCCCUGGCAACUUCUCACUGGAUAGGAUUGUCACGUGAGAAGACCGACAGAUUGUGGAUGUGGGUGAACGGUACAGCUUUUUCCACUGACUGGUUUGCAAUAAAUAAAGGAUACAUUGAUGGGAACUGUGCACUUGUCACAGGUGGAGAACUCUCCUCUAGUCCAUGCAAAGAUGAAAAGCGCUAUAUUUGUGAGCAGCUGGUUCUUUGGCCAAAGCCUGACAUAUCAGCAUGA